GUGACCACUUGUUGCCACUUUAUUGUGUUGGUUUUAAUCCGUUUUUAUGUAAAUUUUUACCCUUUUUUACGGUCUGAUGCUUAGAUGUGGCGCUACUAUGCAAUCUAGAGAAGUUAUCAAUCAUUGAUGCGAAACAGUAUGCAAAAUUUUGGUCAAUUAUUGUCCACAGAUUAAACGAUGCAUCUGCUGUUUUGAGAUAUUCUGAUCGCGUGUGUCAAAAUCAUAUUUGGUGGACAAAAGGUUUUUUAGACGGAUUUUUUCGACAAUGUCUUUUGGAUUAUCUAAAAAGAGUCACAAUCUCAACCAAUAUACGCUGUUGAGCAAUUUAGAAGGUAUGUUUUUUUGUCUUAAAAUUAACAAAGAUGUUUUGUUGCGUUCGCGUGCGAUUGCAAUUUGACAGUUUCAAAUUGCAUGUUGUAUUUUUUGCUUUUAGAUUGUGUCGAGCAACUAAAAGCGAGCACAGAUGCGAUAAAGGAUGACAACUUACCGUUGCAAAGCUUUUGUGCGACAUUUGAGCAGAUUUUACUGGAAGGAGCGCGAAGUAUGAGCUAUAUUUUUUAUAUUUAUAUGUUACGUAGAGCAAAGCAAAUCAUUGAUGCGUAUAAAAAUUUUAUAAGUUAUGAAAUCCUUUGUGUCGCUUCGAAAGAAUAUAGCUAUACUGACUGUAUUCGUAUUAUAAUGUAAUAUAAUAUAUUGGUUAUGUUUUAGAAUUGCGUAAACUUUUAGUUUAUAAAAGGGUACAUUUACAGUAUAUUAUAUGACUAAAUAUUUGCAAACAUUUUGCACAAAAGCAGCGAAGUGUGACAGGCAAUUUAGCAACAAGGUCAAUUUCAGGUAAUAUGUCCAUCUGGCAAACUGACACAUCAUCUUGUCCAGAUGAUCUACACUGUUCAUCUUGUUCCGGGGCUGUUUAUAUGAUUCCGCUUCGCCAGAACAAGAUGUGAGGCGGGAUGAUUUUGAUGUAUUCGAAAUAAAUCACUCUAGCGAUAGAUCAUAGUAUAAUUGUAAACAGAAGGUUGUUCAAGCAGCAAUACUAAUGUUCUUUAACUACAAGAUCUUUUCACCAACAUUUCUGUUCCUCUAACUGGCAUUUGAAUUUUCGUUUAAGCCAAGUGAUUUAUUUCAAUACAUCAGGAUCAUCCCAGGCUUCCAUCCAGUCCUUGCAAACUGCAAUCAUGUAUUUAAAACAGCCUCUCAGACAAAUGAUUCAUCUUGACCAUUGAUCAAUGUGAUUCACCCCACAUUCAUAUAGAAAUAAUUUAAAUGAACUACUAGAGGAACUACCUUUUUUUGUCCAAGUUCAUCAAGACAGAUCGCCCGUCUCUACUAUAAAUCUAGUCAAUUAUGCAAUAUUUAACCCUAUAAGUGGCAAUGUGCCCAGAUGCACCCUACUUUAUUAUUUUACUCUGUCUAACGCCAGAGUAUUUUACUCUGUCUAACUCUAGAUUAUUUUACAGGGGGGAGUGCUGCCACUCAUUGAGUUAAUCAGACUAUCUGGUCAUGCACCCAGAUGCGCCCUACUUUAUUAUUUUACUCUGUCUAACAUCAGAUGAUUUUACUUGUCAAGGAGACUCUCAAGUGCUGCCAGUCAUUGGGUUAAUUUUAUAAUUUUAUUUGUUCACAGGAAGUGUGUUAGUAUUCAAACAGAAGCACUAUUGGAAUUGGAUUGCUGGUAUCCCUAAAUUUCUUCAAAAUUGUGGAAGGUAUAAUCCACUAAAUUACUGCACAAUGUCGUUUGCAAUGUUAUCUAUACACAUGUGUCUACUGUAUUUUUUUUCCUCAAAAUGUUUAGCAAUGAUCCUAAGCUGGCAUAUAUUGUGAACACUGUUGACAGCUCAACAAAGGUAAGUACUGUACAUUAAGUUGGGUUUUUUUGAUGACCAAUCCAUCAAUGCUUUUUGAUUAAGCCAUAGGUAAAUAUUGGUGCAGGUUAGUGGUUGAUGUUUGCUCAGGAUAAAUACUGGGGUUGGGUGUGUAGACUAGCUAGGUUUACGAUUUUAUUGUUAAUUAAAUUAAAAUAACGUGAAAAUAGCCAAACUUUACAUGCAAAUAAUGUUGAUCAUCUCAUCAACCUCAACCAACCUGCAAUAGACUUUAGCAGUAUUAUGUUGUCUUAUAAGUUAUAAUCAUUCAAUCAUUUUUCAAUUGUUUAUAGAUCUGGCCAAUAGAAACUAAAGGCAGACUGUUUAUAAGAAUGGCACUAGUAAAGAAAUGCUUGCAUAGCCCUGUGGAGGUUUUGAACAAUAAUCGCUCACUCCUACAGGUACAAAAACAUGACCCCAUGCCAUUUCACGCAUGUCUGGAUGUGGUGAUGUCAUUGCAUUGUACCAUGUGUGCAUAACAAUAGCAAGCUCCUAUGUAUACAGUACAUGCCAUCUCAUAGCCAGGGCUGCCGAGAGGUUUCGCAUGGCCCUGGGCAAAACUUUUCCAACAUGAACUGUCCCUAUGACAUUGUAAUUGUAAAACAGGAGCAGUGUUUUACAAUAAUUGCACUUUACUGCAAUAUUAUCCAGUACUGAUGUGCAGAGCAGAAAUUUUAUUUUAGAUAACUUAAAAGAAUCUUGUAUCACGGAUCUUGUGUCUUGCAAUUUAUUGGCCAUUCUGUGAUGGAACUCAAUGAUUUAAUUGUCCUUUUUUGAUAACAUGCAAAAUACAGUAGUUUUGCAAUAAUGCAAUUACCAUAUGUAUGUCAUAAUAUAUUUCAAUUUUUUUACAUUUUGCAGAACUUUUACACUGAAAGCUCGUUUCUUGGUACAGCACAUUUACGAGGUAUUAAACCAGUACUGGUUAAAUCACCAUGUAGUAAAAACAACCAUGACCCUUAAUGUUAAGUUGUUUAUCAUCCCCUCCCACCAUUUAACAAAUACAUUCUUUUUUGCUAGAAUCAUUGUUAGAACAUCUGCAGGAGAUUAGCAAGCUGGAUUUUGAUUUAAAUCUUAAGGUACACUGCAUUUCAAAUAUUUGAACUGUAUUCUAUAACAACCUAUUUGAACAGUGUAUAUACAGUAGACUGUAUCAAUUUAACAUAAAUUUUUGUUUCAAAAUAACAAUUGUUUAGGCUGUGGAAUUUUUGAAUGAAAGUUGGGAAAUACCAGUAAGUACCUGUAUAACCUAUAGUAAAUUUCAAAACUUACAGUAUUAAUAUUUUAGUGCAACUAAAGAAUUGAACAAUCUUCUUUCCUGUGUUGCAGAAACGAGAAGAUGUAUUAACUGUUCCUUGCACUCAGUUAGGAAUUACAGUGAGGUACUGCAUAUGUUUAAUGCCGCAAUAUAUUCUGACCAUUCACCAUCAAACUAUGAAACUAAAUUUCAUCAUUCAUUUACCAUGCCUGCAAUAUAUUCUGACCAUUCACUAUCAAACUAUGAAACUAAAUUUCAUCUUUCCUUUACCUUUUAAAGUCAAGUAGACGGUCGAGCAGUCAUUGCACACGUCCUGCCUGACAGUGUCGGAGAGGAGGUAAUUAAGAUUAUUAAUCUGAGCUGUAAACAAAUUCAUUCCGUUCCAUUUUUUCACUUCGGAAUUUGCACACCAACUGGUAAAUCAGGACAAAAUCUGCAUUCCAUUUACAGAUAUUGAUUGAACAUUAAUUAAGUCUAAAGGUCUUGCUUGCAGAAAUGUUAGGUGCACAGGAUAAAAUCUGCGCAAAUAAAUCUUGCCUCCAUGGUGCGCAAAAUUGAAUCGCGCAAAUAUGCAGUGCGCAAAAUUGAAUCGCGCAAAUAUGCAGUGCGCAAAAUUGAAUCGCGCAAAUUUGCAGUGCGCAAAAUUGAAUCGCAUAAAUUUCCGGUGCGCAAAAUUGAAUAAGUCACCUACUGUAACACAAUGUACUAUUGAAAAAUAAGCAUUUAAACAUGGCGUGGUGGGAAAGACGGAGUAUGAAGUUGGAGUACAGAGUCAAAAAAUGUUUAUUUUGCCUAAAGAUUCGAUUGUUUAUGAGAAUCUAGGCGAAAUAAACAAUUUUUUGACAGACUCCUAGCCUGCUCGCAGGCCGUUUGUCAGGCAGAGGCUCUGUGAGCAGGCUAACAGACUUCGUACUCAGACUUUUCCACCAUGCCAAAAUAUAAUAUUAACCAGUAGUACUUGUACUAUAUAACUCUUAUCUAGAACAAUAUGGCUGUGGGUGACUGUCUACUUAACUUGUGUGGAAAAGUUUGUUGGGGUCAAAAAGUUGGUCAGGUUAGGAGAAAAUUUGAAAAUCUAUGUUAAAAUUAUGCUUAUGAAUAAAUGGUGUAUAAAUUUCGUUAAUUUUUUCAGGUGGCAGACACGCUGAAACAAAACCACGGACAACCUAUUUCGUUGAUACUUGCUAAGGUGAUUUUCCUUCGUAAAUUUUUGAACGUAGAAUUUCCGUCAAGGCGCAACACUGAUCUAACGGACCAUCUCUCUUUGUACAACAACACAUGCAAGCUUGCUAGAAUAACAUUCUCUUGCUAGAAUAGCCUGACAUUUUUCUGGUAGUAACUGGUAGUUUGUCUUACACCCGUAAAAACGCACAAGUUGUUACAUAUCUGCAAACAAGUUGUAGUAAUAAGGCUGCUGUCAAGGCUAUAUCAGGAUGUGUUCGCACAGCUUGUUCCCAGUUCUUGUGACAAGUCUGGAACAAAGUUAUUUUUUUAGGAUGAAAAUCUUAUUGCUAUUGAAUGAUGCACAUCUGUUAUUAACAGUGUAUAACACAUACGUGUUUUAGGUGAAAAUGUCAAAUGGACAAUUGUUUCUGCCUCUUGAACAACGAAAAAAGCUACUGGAGAGCGAGGAAUUCUUCUUACAGAAAUACCAACAGAAAAAUGGCGGCUGUAAACAGGCAAUAACAUCGUGCAAUGUGUCGAGUUUUAACGAAACUCCAGUUCAUGGCGUUUCUAAGGGAAAGUAAGUCUGAUUGCAAGCUUACUUUUACUAGCCUGUCUAUAGAAUAUAGCAUGCAUAAUACUGCAUCUACAGGCUAGCUUUUACUGACUGUUACCAGAUUAUGUUGCUCGUCAAGGGAAGGUCCUUGGACAUUAAUGAGCUUGCCAAACCAUUCUCCGAACUGGGAAAAGCUCAGAAUUGAAAUGCUCAAAUUAGUGUAUAUACCGAAAAUUUCGUGUUGUUUGGAUAUUCAGGGCGGGAGUUACAGCGGUUUGAGAAUUUAGUUGAAUUGUGAAAACAGUGAAAUAUGUUAUAGACACCAAUUUGAGCAUGAAGAGUUCUGGCGUCCAUUUCUGCCAAAUAUGAAAUGAAAAAUCGAUUUCGCGAACUCGGAUCAGAAAAUCUUGCCUAAAUUGUAACUCAAUUAAACUGCAAUGCGCCCGAAUGAUUGAUCCCCCUUGCUGUUAGACUAUAACGAAGAAAGCCCUUGGACAUGGAAAUAUAUAUAUUCUCUGCUAUGCAUCGCUGGUUUAACUAAUUUCAACAACUGAAAUACGAUAUGUGAUCAAUAAAUAGUCGGUGUAUGUAAAGAAUAUAGAUUUACUACUUUUCCAAUCCGUUUUGUAGUUUGUGUUUCGAGGCAAAAUACAUUGGCAAGAAUAAAACAGGAGAGGUGAUUAAGUUUGACAUACGUUGACGCUUUUACAUAUUUUAAUAUAAUGCGUUUUAAAAUUUGAAAUUACAACUUGAUUUUGUUUCAGACGGGUGACUUGAACUAUAUAGAACCAUCGAUAUUGACAGUAGUUGACCAAAAGAAUGAACCUUUGGUACGUGUUGUGUAAAAUAUGUGAGAAGUAAUGUGGAUUACACUAGUAAAAACGCACAAUUAAAUUGUUGUUACAGGUCUGCAGACAAGUUGUUACAAAUCUGUUCACAAGCUGUCGACAAGUUGUGUUCGCACUGCUUGUUCCCAGUUGUUGUAACAAGUUUGGAACAAGCUGUUAGCAACUUGUAACAAGCUUGAUGGCAUUAUCAGACUUGUUACAAGGUUGUUCUGACAAGUCUGAUACAGUCAUGAUAUAACAAGAAUGUUACAAGGUUGACCACACAAGGUUGUAACAAUAUUGUUAUAUCAAGACUGUAGCAAACUUGUUGGAACAACCUUGCAACAUACGGUUUUACCAUUUUUUUCGUCAAAAUAUACAGGCAGUUUUAGUGAAACUUGGUGAAACAAGCAUUGAAAUUCAAGACAAAGAGACAAAUAAGGUUAGUUGUAGGAUAUAACAGGAUCUUUGGGCAUCUCACUGGAUAGAACUAAAAUCAUGGUUGAGGAUUAUGAUAGGAUUCAGCCGGCAACAUCUCACAAUUCAUUUCUCCAAGAAUAUUUACAGGCCAACUUCAAAAAUUAUUUUAGGAGUUAGCCUGUAACUUCAUGCUUGUUAAUAGAUCUUUCCGGUAAUCACGUCACGACUAACACUGUUUUCAAGUUAGGGGGGCCAAGAGGGGCCAUGGCUCCUCAGCCUCGUUUUCGUGUUUAAGCUUAUUUCCACAUUUACAGUACAGUACAGUAAUAGUCAAAAUCCAAAAUUCUUUUUUAUGCAUGUGUUGACGAAGGAUGUUCUGCUUCUGACCAUAGGCCCGUGAGAAACAAACUUGAAAUGUAUUCCAUUUAAGGUGGUCGUAAGUUGAGAACAGUGUAGUUUUAAAGCGCAAAUUUUGAAUUUGGAGGUAGCCUCAUCCCAUGUCCUUCUAAUUCAGAUAAGAAUCCUAAGGUGUGUUAUAUAGUUUAAUACCACUGUAUAUUUUUGUGUUUCAGACGUUGGCUAUUCACUCUUAUACAGUCACCUCAGCAUGUGGCCGAGGAAAAGUAAACCAAAAUAUAUUUGCCUAUAUCUCAGGGUGGGUAUUUACAUUAUGACAGACACUUUACUUGCGCGCCGCUUUGAGGGAGGCGCUUAAACGAGUACAAUAUUUAGUUAUAAGUACUUGUGUACUGUACUUGACACAUGACGAGACUACUGUCCUCAAGUAUAGCACUGGAUGGACUGAUUUUAUAUCAAUUUUUUUUCCAUCUUAACAUUUAGAGAUACAACGUGUACAAUAUCCAAGAAUUUUACUUGUUAUGUAUUUACGGUUGACUCUGAAGCUCAGGUCAGUAUGCACUUUAUUAUACAGGUAUUAAUAUAUAUAGCUUGUCUAUACAAUACUGUAUGUCAUAUUAUAAUAUAGCAUUUGUAAAUUCUGAACGCUGAUUGGCUAAGAGCCGUGUUGAUAUAAGUCAAUGUCAACACGGAAACGUCGGAAAAUUUCUUUCUUUAUGUUUCUUUGUGCUAUAUUAUAAAACAAAUAUAAAACUUUUUCCGUAUUGAUAUACAGUUAUAUCAACACUCGUGGAAAUUGGGAAAACUCGAAAUUGAGUGAAAACACUCCGCCCUUCGGGCGUCGUGUUUCCACACAAUUUCUCGUUUUCCCAAUUUCCACUCGUGUUGAUAUAAAUAUAUCAACACGGAAAAUGUUUUAUAUUGAUUAAGUAUUAUAUGCAUAGACCCACUGCAAACGUCACAAAUGUGUCAAAUUAGUGACUGGAUGGCAUGGAGAACAGUGUGAUUUUCAAAACAAUGAAAGACAAUGAAACAUUCUGAUCACUGGAUCAUGACUGGAGAGAAUGGAGAACAGUGAGAAUUUCAAAACAAUGAAAAAACAAUGGAACAUUUUGGUCACUAGAUCAUGACUGGAUGGCAUGGAGAACAGUGGGAUUUUCAAAACAAUGGGAAGACGUCAUUGUAGUGUAUUUCGGACUAUCCUACUGUACCUUAUCUAACUUCUGUACAACCUUAUUUCUUAUAUAUUUUUGUAUAGGCAAAACAAGCUGUAUAUGGCAUAGGUAUGUGAAUAAUUCAGAAAUGUCUUAUUUUUAUGAUUUAAUAGAAGCUGGGCAUACAAAUAACACAUACAGCUGCAAUAUACAUUCAAAUCGAAGUUUAAAUCACAAAUGUUUUUGUGUUUUGUUCACAGCACAAGGUUUUAAUCGGACGUUAUGGUAUGUGUGAUUGACGCCUAUAGGACAUUAUGGAAUGACAGUAAGAAAUCGCUUUCAUGCCCCAAAUUCAAGUUGAGUUGAAGUGAAAGACUGUAUAAUGAGGACAGAGUAAAAAGACGAACUCUGGAGUGCAAAUGAAGUCAAAAGUUGUAUGAUACAGUAAUAUUUGAUGAGGUUUCUAUAAUUACUGGUGCAAUGCAUUUUGCGUCGUGCUUUAGAUUUUUGUACAGUAUAUGCAGUUAUAUAUAUAAGAAAUUAGAAUUUAACCUAUAUAUCGUAAAUCAUAAAUAAAUAUACUUCCAUGAUAUGGCAGGCCAGGGAUUUCAAGUAUAUCGGUAUUUAGACCAUUUUACUUUUGGUAUAUACAGUAUUUUAUUGUUAAAAUAGAUUGAAAUAUGGGUAUAAAGUAUCCUACAUUUACCCAAGAUCAAGUACCCAGGCAGACUAACGUAUUCCUGGAAUUUUAGGUACACUGGUAUAUUGAGCCAGUAUAUAUUAUCGAGUAUAUUGGUAUUCUGGCAAUGCCCUGGCUGGGCCUGAUAUAGGGGGGCAGCGAAGUCUAACUUUUUUAUGUAACCAUAUAACAUUUGAUAUUGUACAUUCGCUGAUGAUUAAUCGUGUUUUAUAAAAUGCUUGUUGGAAAAAAGUGUAGAUGUGUAAUUUAUCAAAUUUUAGUGCAAUGAUUCAAAUGUGAUUUCUGUGAAAUACAUCUAAUGUAAUUCUCUGAUUGUAAAAAUAAACUUACAAUUUCAAUAUACAAUUCUUGAGUUAAUUUUAUUUGUCAUAAUUGCGGUCAUAUCAUAUUAUCCUACAUAAAUCUAUAUUCCUGUUGCAUUUCCCGCUAAUGCUGUAGUAAAAUAAGAUAAUUUUCCAUCCCGAACCAAACUUUUUUAGAUUUUUAACCGCGCCAACAUUCGCCUGAGCAUGCAAUCUUAGGCUUGACCGGGCAGCAGUCUCAUCCUUAGGCCUGUUUACACUUGCAAUUAGAUGCGAAUUUCUUCUUCUGAUGUAUGUGAACGAGUGGCUGAGUUAUAAAUAUUCAGAUGAGGUCACGACGGCACAUAUACUUCGAACACAACUCAUCUAUAGAGCAUUUGCACUCGUUCCCCAGGUACCAACUCAACAAAAGCCAUGUCGGUUCCUGACAAAAGAGUCUAAUUAAAAUUCUUUUGAAUUGGAACACCAACAUGGCGGCUGUGACGUCAUGUGCAAACGCUCUACACUCGUUCACCAUCCUCGUACCCAGGGUCUUGCCGUGGCACCGAGUAUGAGAGAAAAUAGCCUGGGUACGAGGUUGCUCGUUCACAUGAAUCAGAAGAAAAUCGCACGAAGCCUAAGAUAUUAUAUAGACUGACGAAGGACAUGCAGUCGAAACGUAUCAAUAAAUGCAAUAUAUAUCGGUGAAAAGCUGUUGUCAAAAAUUGUCUAUAUAAAGUUCAAACUAAAUAACUUUUCACAAAUUAUAUAUAAAUUAAAUAAAUAUAACGAAAUGAGUGUCAUAACAGGCCUUUACAAAUCUCUUCACUUACACUGUCUUUUCCUUGGGAUACUAAUAUUUGUAUUAUUUUAUAUACACUCAAAUUUCACUCAAUGUGUUACACACACUCAACGUUCUACUUACGCCAUCUUCUUGCCAUAGCCAUGCACGGAUAUGUAGUCUAGGCAAAACCUUCGUAUACCAUUAUUGGCCCAAUCUGUUGUCAUUAUCCUUAGUAAUACUUGCUCUUCUGUAUCGAAGGCUAAGCAUGAGGAAUAUGGAAAUCACUCCAUCCAUGAAAGCAGCGUGUAAACUCGUGUGGUUCCUCUCCUUUCUGGGUAAAUCUUAGUUUGCGAGGAUUGCCAACUUUGUGUUCGUAUAGAUAUUGAAUAUAGACCUUAACA